AUGUGGUUUAAUUUGGAAUAUACCCUUUGGGUAUACCUAAUUUUUAUUAGCAAUAGCCUGACUGUUAUGGCUCUGCCAAUGAAAGAAUAUUCAAAUUCAACAAAUCCGAUAAGUACAAUUGCAACCAGUGAGAAUACUCCCGUGACUUCGGUUGCUACUACAGCAGUAGCUGCAACUACAUCGUCAGGCAGUUCGGGCUUUUUUGAUAAUAUUAUUGGACAUAUCGUUAGUGGCAUAGAUUCAAAUAUUGAAAAUUUUCAAUCACAAUUUAGAGGCGGUAGUAAUUCUAUUCAGACUCAGUCAAAUCCAAAUUCAAAUUCGAUUUCAAAUGCUGAUACAAGUAUUUAUACCGUAGCUCCAACAAAUACAGCAAGCUAUGUUGCAUCGUCGUCUCAAGAUUUCGACACUUCAGUUUAUGCUAUAUCCACUCAAAGUAGUAGCAGAAAUCUGUUCGUCUCGAGCCCGUGGGUAUCUGCUCCUGCUUCUUCUCCUUUUUCUCCUUUUUCGUCCUCUUCUACUGCUCAAACUACUGUGAGCGUAGUUAUUCCAUUUACUACUACUCCAUCAACCAACACUGAUGUGAUGACCGUUUCUUCAAGUACUUCUUCAUCUCUGGAUAUUUUAACUACAGAAACUGCUGAAAUGAAGACUUCACCAUCAUCUACUUCUACUCCGAUUAUUAGUUCAUCUUCUUCUGUGAUAGUAAUAGUACCAUCUUCCUCCUCGGCUAUCGAACCCGUCACUACUUCAGCUGCAGCAUUGUUGACCAGUUCUAUCCCUAAAGUCGUAGUUACAUCCUCGCCUGUUACAUCUUCUUCCCUUUCCUCCUCCUCAUCCUCCUCCUCCUCCUCAUCUUCUAUUAUAAUACCUAUCACCACCUCAAUCGCUGAAAUUAUAAUUCCAUCCUCCAGUUCUACCUCCUCCUCCUCUACUGUGGAACCUAUAACUACUUUGACUCCAAUAAUGACUACUCCUUCUACAACCUCUUCUUCUUCCACUACUUCAACUAUCAUCAUACCUCAAACUACUUCCAUUGAACAAAUCCCAUCGACUUCCUCCUCCUCUUCUUCUAUUAUAGAAGAAACACCUGUCACUACGGUAUCUUUACCACCAAUAACUACUUCUACUUCAUUGCUACAAUUAACCACUUCUACAGUACAUACCUCUUCUUCUUCUUCUGUCGAAGAAUACACUUUCACUCCUGUUACUUCAACCCAAUCAAGUCACAUUUCUGAAAUUCACACUACAACUACUGUUCAACCUGUGAAAUCAAUCCCAUCCUCCUCCUCUUCCUCUUCCUCCUCCUCCUCCUCCUCCUCGACUUUUUCUACACCUGUGGUUAUUGUACCAGCACCAGUCGUCACUUCUUCCUCUUCUUCUACCACCACUAUGGGACCAGACUGGUGGGUUCCAACUCAAAUUAUUACUUAUUCAGAGGCAUCGGAUGCUUUAACAGCAACUAUUGCAACUACAGUUUCGACUUCAUCAUAUACAGUUCCAUCAGGUUUACCGCAAGCUAUUUCAGGUGACUCUUCAGACACUUCUUCUACCACUGUGGACGAUAAUGAUGAAAACACUGCAUUAGAAUCUGAUUAUACUUUAAUCACAAUUGGGUUUUUAAAGGCCUUAAACUAUGAAUUUUUAGUGAAGUCCCCCCAAUCAGCUGCUCAAAUCUUUUCUUUCUUACCAAAGACUCUAUAUACUCCAUUAGGUGUUGAAGAUAAUAAUAUUACAGUGAGUCAAUUAUUACCAUAUUUUGAAGAAGGUAAAGAUUAUACUGUGACUAUUGCACAAGUUUAUUUCCCAAUUAGUCAAAUUAAGAAUUUGCAAACUGCAAUUAACGACACUUCAAGUGCAUUAUAUACCGAAAAUGAAAGUACUGAACAGACUUUGGCUUACUUGAUCGAUAGAUCAAUUCCAAUUACGGGACUUUCUCUGUCGGCCUCAAUUUCAUCCGAUUCUUCAUCUUCUUCCUCUUCUGAUACCAGUUCGGCCGCCUCGUCCUCGUCCUCAUCUUCUUCGUCCUCAUCUUCUACUGAUGGUGAUGAUUCUGGAGAAUAUGGUACUUUGGAAUACACUGGUAAGACUACAUCUACUUCUGAUGGAUCCUCUGGUUCAAGAUUAUCAAAGAAGAAAAUCAUUGCUAUUGUUGUCGUCGUUGUCGUCUGUAGUGUCAUCUAUUUAAUUGCUAUGGGCUAUAUGAUCAGACGCUACAUUAAACAUAUUAGAAACAGACCUGUCAUCCAAUUACCAAUUGAAGACACAGAAGAUAUGACCUCUCAAUAUAGUGGUAGUAACAACAAUAAUUCACAUGGAUUCAGUGAAAAGUCUUUAAGCAACGGCUCUCAAGGUGAUAAUGAAGAUGUUGUCUCUAUGAGAAUCAACGAAUGGAUGAAUGAAGCUCAUUUUGGCAAAAAUGAACAUACUUUGAACGAUUAUCAAGCUGAACAAGUUAUACAGAUCGUUCGUGACAUUGGUAGACCAAAGAUCUCUAGACCAAUCGCAUCCGAAAACUCCUUGGGCUGGAACGACAUAUAA